CCCCCAUUCGUCCAACCAGCCCGCUGUGAAGCGCGCACCUGUUUUAAUUGAACUCGCGCGACAAGUUGCGCGAGCGGCACCGAUGCGACCGAGUCCCGGGAGGAAAACCGGUCAGGGUGGGGGGGGGAGAGAGAAAAGGACCGCAGCAGCACCAACAGCCCCCGCGACCAGAGGAACGCGUGAAUACGAGUGCAGCUGUGCGCAGCGGAGCAGACAGCCGGGGCGUCCUGUGAAUGGUUGCGGGACGGAGGGCUGUGAGCGGCGCUGAUAAUAACACACAAAAAAAAACAACCUGGGGCGCUGAAGCCCAAACCAUUUGGAUCCCACUACUGGACCAGGACGGAGCGGGGACGUCGACUCGCCGCUGCGAUCAUUCCCAUCGGCCCCGGCGCGCUGAGGCCGUCGGCGUUGAAAGCCUUUUCCUUGACGCGUGUGGUCGGUGCGCGCCGCUGCGUUUGGAGCCAUGGGCUGUACGGUGAGCGCAGAGGACAAGGCUGCCGCGGAGAGGUCCAAGACCAUUGACAAAAACCUCCGAGAGGACGGAGAGAAGGCGGCCAGGGAAGUGAAACUGCUUCUGUUGGGUGCUGGAGAAUCCGGGAAGAGCACUAUCGUUAAGCAGAUGAAGAUCAUCCAUGAAGAUGGCUACUCAGAAGAUGAGUGCAAGCAGUACCGAGCAGUGGUUUUUAGUAAUACCAUCCAGUCCAUUAUGGCCAUUGUUAAAGCCAUGGCCAGUCUCAAAAUAGACUACAGCAGCCCUGGAAGAUUGGACGAUGCCCAGCAGCUCUUCGCUCUGUCUGCAGCUGCCGAGGAGCAGGGAAUCUUCCCCGAGGACCUGUCCAACGUGAUGAGGCGGUUGUGGGGGGACAGCGGCAUCCAGGGUUGCUUCGCUCGCUCGCGGGAAUACCAACUCAACGACUCUGCAGCGUAUUACCUGAAUGACCUGGAGCGGAUAGCUAAAGCAGAUUACAUUCCAUCCCAGCAAGAUGUGCUGCGAACUCGGGUCAAGACCACCGGCAUCGUGGAGACUCACUUCACCUUCAAGGAACUGCACUUCAAAAUGUUUGAUGUCGGAGGCCAACGCUCGGAGAGAAAGAAGUGGAUCCACUGUUUUGAAGGAGUUACAGCCAUCAUUUUCUGUGUUGCACUGAGUGCUUACGACCUGGUACUGGCUGAGGAUGAGGAGAUGAACCGAAUGCACGAGAGCAUGAAGCUGUUUGACUCCAUCUGCAACAACAAGUGGUUCACGGAGACCUCCAUCAUCCUCUUCCUCAACAAGAAGGAUCUCUUUGAGGAGAAGAUCACUCGCAGCCCGCUGACCAUCUGCUUUCCAGAAUACACAGGAGCCAACAAGUUUGAUGAAGCAGCGAGUUACAUUCAGACCAAGUUUGAGGACCUGAACAAGAAAAAGGACACAAAGGAGAUCUACACCCACUUCACCUGUGCCACCGACACCAAGAACGUGCAGUUUGUCUUUGACGCCGUCACUGACGUCAUUAUUAAGAACAACCUAAAAGACUGCGGUCUUUUCUGAAGGGCAGUGCCUGAUGCACACAGACUGCAUGAGAGACUGCAACAGCCAUGUGGUGAUAGGUGCGUUUCAUACUGAAAACCACGACCGGAUCGAUUCCUUGAGGGGAAACCUAUAAAGAACUUCAACAAUCACUGAUUUGUUACCAUCACAUUCGUUGGGUUAAUCUUUCUUUUUUUAUAUAUAUACAUACAUCUCUUACUGGUCUUGGUGUUUUCAUACUGAGUGCCUGUAAAUACAUAUUUGACCAAGGAUCCCUUACUAGUUUUUAAAUUGGAUCUGUAACUUAAAUUAUAUUAUCAAAGUGGAAGUUGAAAGAGGAAAUCCUAUAUGGUUUCUUAUAUUGCAUCAUUGCAAAUAAAAAUGCAGAAAAUUAAAUAUUGUCCUCAAGUCUUAAAGAGCAGUUUGAGAAGUACUUUUACACAGUAGUCAUCACUACCAAAACUUUUUUUUGAAGUGGCAGUUUCAGUAGGAAGAUACGAUACGCAACUUUUUACAAAAAUCUGAAUAAUCUACGUUGUCUAAUAUUCACCUUUUAUGAACCUUUUAACUCAACAGAGCUUGUUUUUUAGAAGAUAACACACAAGAAUGAUAAUGAAAACGGAUUAUGGGAUUUAGUUUUUUGGAACAAUGUUUACACAGAAUCGAUAUUCCGAGUUGUAUUGUAGUGCAUUGUCCUGCAUGGCUGUCCAUACAUUCACUGAAUAACAUUCCCCAAGGAACUCCUUGUUGAAGAAGGACUCUGGAAAUGCUUGUCACUUAGUAGAAAUCUGCCACAUUUGUAGGUCUGUUUCUAACAUGGAUUGUUCUGUUGUAUUUGUUGCGUCUUCUUACAUAUGUUUGUGCCUUGAUGUCGGUUUACACUUGUUCUUUAGAGACAUGCUAUCUGACGUAGGGCUAUUUAUACUCCACUUUGGUUCACAUAACUAAUUAUACAAGAUGCAGUAAAGCACAGACACAUGGAUGAUAGUCUGUUACUAAUAUUAUAAUAAUAGUAAUUCACUUGUUACAUGUAAAUAAAAGUUAACUCACAUGUUCA